AUGGAUGAACUACGUCGGGCUUCUAUCACCUACUACAACACCAGUACGAGCAAAGAGAAGAAGCUCGCAAGGAAGGUUUUCAAAGCAAUGGACACAGACGGCGACGGGAGGGUCGGUGUUGCUGAGUUUUCUAAUUUCCUGUCGAAGCAUGGGUUGAAGAGAUUCAACCAGCUUAAUUUCUUCACCCAGCUAGACAAGGAUAACAAUGGCUACUUAGACUUUGAUGAGGUCCUCCUCUUUUACUACAUUGUUCGCACGAGGCCUGGCUGUGACAUGUGUGGGACACUGAUCAUGGGCAUGUACUACUCAUGUGUCAAAUGCUUCAGCAAGGCCGCUGACUCGUGCGAUCUCUGCCCUUCGUGUCACUCGCUCGGGACCUUCAAACACAGGCACGCCGAGUUUUUAGAUAAUUAUGCAUUGCUUCGGAAGCAAAGGCCGUCGACUUCAACUUCGGAAGCAUUUGGCCUGGGAAUGGACUUGGGUGGACUCCUGACUGAUAUACAGAACGGCUGUAACCAGAUGUAA